UUGACUGUACAUCUGUUUCCACAGCUGCUGCCUGUUUCAUAAUAUACUUUUGGAGCUGUGUUAACAAUGUGUUUCAAUAGAGAAUAAUAGAACUAAUCAUUGUUGGAUGUAUCCCGGUCGAGGUGGACUGCAAUCAUGGACGUAUUUGGAUGACAUGUCUCUUACAAUGGAUAACAUCCGUUAGUACCUUGUCCAUGACGUAAAUUUGGAGAUGAAGCUUGAUGUCCCUUUUCGUCUGUUACAUGACAGGCUACAUAUUACUGUGGGAGUAUUCACAAGAAACGAAGAAUAACUGUUUCCAGUGACAGAGCAGUGAAGAAGCAAGGGAAUGGAAUUUAACCCCACCGUGAACAGCAAAAGGAUAACCAACAGAUAGCAGGGAGGAAUAAUACUUAAGGCAGGCAGCGUUUGUGACAGGAGAAUAGUUAGAGAAGGGUUACAAAAUGAAAACAAAAACAUCUGGUUCCUGGAUCAUGGCUCAAAAGUGUGCAGGACGAUCAAUGGUUUUAUUUUUACUUAUGAUUGUCAGAGUUGCUUUCUUAAGACUUACUGACAUCUCAGACAACAAUAUUAUAUAUGAAGACGUGGGGAAAAAUACUUUAAAAGGAAAUGGAAAUGCAACAGAUCAUCUGAAAAGCUGGCCAGCAAACCUUCACCCAAAUCUUUUUUUUAAUCUGGUGGAGGUACGGUUAUUGCAACAGAGAUCGGCCACGACGCACAGACACAUUUUUAAAGUGAUCAGAACAGCUGUGCACACUAUGCUGGUUAACAAGCCUAAAUAUCUUCCCCCUGUCACUCAUAAGGAUUUUAUCAGCAAAUGGAAUGAAAUUUAUGGCAACAACCUCCCACCACUUGCCCUGUACUGCCUCCUCAGCCCAGAGGAUACAGCUUCCCGUCAAUUUCUGUUGAGAUACAUGGAUCAGAUGGCCCUUUACCCUAACUGGACAGUGACCAGCGCUCCCAACGACGAGGUUCCCAUGGCUCACUCCCUCACCGGAUUCACCACGGCCUACGACUUCAUUUACCCUCUCCUGGACACACAGCGACACGUGCGCUACCUGGAGAAAAUCCGCACCGUCACAGAAGAUCUGUACGAGCUCUCGAAACACAGGGCAUGGGGGAAGCAGUUCUUGCAUAAUCAUCAGACCACCAACAUCUUAGCCAUCCUGACCGGCGCCCUGGUGGUGGGAGCGCACGGCUACCCGGAGACGAUGGUGUGGAAGCAGGCGGCGGUGAACUUCAUGGAGAAGACCAUGUUCCUCCUCAGUCACGUGGUGGACGGCUCACUGGACGAGGGGGUGGCCUACGGAAGCUACACCGCAAAGUCCGUCACACAGUAUGUGUUCCUGGCACGUCGCCACUUUGACAUCGACCAUUCCCAGAACAACUGGUUGCAAGCGCACUUCUGGUUCUAUUAUUCCACCCUGUUGCCGGGCUUCCAGAGGACCGUGGGCAUUGCGGACUCCAACUACAACUGGUUCUACGGGCCUGAGAGUCAGCUGGUGUUCCUUGAUGCGUUUGUCCUCCGGGACGGGACCGGGAACUGGCUGGCCGAACAGAUCCGGAAGCACCGUCCCAAAGAUGGCCCUAUGGGACAAUCGACAGCGCAGCGCUGGGCCACUUUACACACCGAGUUCCUGUGGUACGACUGUGAGCUCCCCAGUCAACCGCCCCAAGGGUUUGGCGAAGCUGGGCUGCACAUGUUCUCCAACUGGGGCGUGAUCACUUACGGGGGAGGUUUGCCGCACGGCCAAGGCAACACGUUUGUCUCCUUCAAGUCGGGGAAGUUGGCGGGCAGAGCAGUGUACGAUAUUGUCCACACCAAGCCUUACUCCUGGCUUGAGGGAUGGAGCAAUUUCAAUCCGGGCCACGAGCACCCAGAUCAAAACUCCUUCACCUUUGCACCUAACGGACAGGUAUUGGUUUCCGAGGCGCUUUACGGCCCAAAGUACAGCUACCUCAACAACGUGUUGAUGUUCGCCCCGUCUCCUACAAGCCAAUGCAAUCAGCCCUGGGAGGGCCAGCUUGGUGAGUGCAACAAGUGGAUGCGAUGGGAGGAGCCGGAGGUGGGCGACACGGCUGGUGAGAUCAUUGCUGCAGCAUCUCACGGAGACUCGAUGUUCGUGAGUGGAGAAGCAGCAUCGGCACACUCCUCGGCGAUGGGGCUGAAGAGCGUAUACCGUGCCCUUGUCUUGCUUAACUCUCAGACUCUGCUAGUGUUUGACCAUGUGGAAAAGAGUAAGGACUCUCCAUUGAAUAUGCUGAGUGCUUUCUUCCACAACUUAGACAGUAAUUUAAAAUAUGUCCCUCACAGGGCUAUGGACAAAUACAGUGGGGUAGUAAUGAACGUUUGGGACGCCCACUACCAAAUGUUUUGGUUUGACAAUCAGGGGACAAGUCCAGUGGCAAAAAUACAGGGGGCAGAGCAGGCCGCAGAGUUUAAGAAACGAUGGACACAGUUUGUCAAUGUUACCUUUCCAAUGGAGGGCCCAGUAACCAGAGUGGCCUAUCUGAUGCACGGCCCCAAUGUCAGAAUAUCAGACUGUAGAUUCAUUGACAACAGUGCAAAUGGAGUGCGACUCUCCGUCAUUGUCAAUGACACAGAAUUAAUUGUGUCCAUAGCAACGAAAUAUAAUGACAUUGCUGCUAGAUAUACAUACUUGGGCUUUGGGGGAUUUGCAAAGAUGCAAAGCACACAUCAAAUAAUUGAGUUUGGUCUGGGGGUUCAAGUCAUGACUAAACCAAACUCUGUGGAUCCACUUCAUGGCUUUGUAUUGACGGUCAAUAUAUUAGUGGUGUUGACAAUGUGUCUGGCCAUUGGGUUUUUGAUCGUACAGCACAGGUUUUAUUUCUGCUUCAGAAGGCUCAUGUGCUAUAUACUAAUGUUUGUUCUCGUUCUAUGGGUCGUUGAGUUCAUGUUGGUCUCCAAAAGCUGUUAUUGGCUUGUUGGUGUCCAAUCAGUGUCCAGCAAUACUCUACACCCUCUCCCAACGGUCGUCAUUACAUCACUGCCAGGGUCUGGAGCAGAAAUUCUUAAGGUCCUCUUCUACAACAACACAGACUUUCUCUACUUCCAAGUCCCCACAAAACACCUUGUCGUCCCAGAGACUGAGUUCAACUUUGACCCCCUGGUGGACGCCUGUGUGUGGUCCAGGCUGGAUGCCAAAAGAGGUCACUACAAGGCCAUUCAGGGCUGGUUCCAUUCUGUGGUGAAGAACCCCAAACUCCACCUGCAGAACAUUCGGUUGCGUGACACGGGACAACAGAUGGACGACCAUGGGAUGACCAAGGGUACUUGGAAUAAGACUGAGGAUGUGCUUCCUGGCAAGAUAAGGAAGCCAUCUAGGUCAGGAUCUGCGAAACAGAGGAGCUUCAGCAGAGACGUGAAGUAUGUUCAGGAGCUAAGGCAGCAUGUGAAGAGUAACCCAAACGCCCGCCCUGUUCUCAACCUGGGUAGUGGGAGCUGGACCCUGAAGCUCCUGUUUGUUCAAGAGGUAGUAGGUCGCUCACUCCGGGCUGUGCAUGUGGUGAGAGAUCCUCGCGCAUGGAUUUACCUGAUGCUCUACAACAGCGAGCCAAGCCUCUACUCUCGCAAGAACGUGCAAAAGCACAUUGCCGCAAUCUUCGAGCAAGCCAAAGACGGCGGGAGGAGCAAGUGUGCUACCGGGAUCGCGCCGGAGUUCUUGAAGUUGCACAGCGUCCUCUCUGAUCCAGAGACGGAGCCUGUGCUGCUACUGGCUCAUUUGUGGCUGGCUCACACAACAGCAGCAUUGCAGGUGAACCCUAUUGACAAUUACCUCUGUGUGAGAUUUGAGGACAUCAUUCAGCUCCCAGAGGACACAGCAAGGAAGAUACACACAUUUCUCGGGGUUCCCGUGGCCCCAGCUGCUCUCAACCAGCUCAUGUUUGCCACAUCCUCCAAACUCUACAGCCUAGUGUAUGAGGGAGACAUUUCUGCGGCUAGCAUUAACGUGUGGAAAGAAAAAAUGCCAGUCCACGAGAUUAGAAUGAUUGAGGCCGUAUGUAUGACGUUAAUGGAAAGUUUAGGGUACAAGAUGUACUCAAGUUAAUACCUGUCCACCCAAAUAUGGACAACACGCCUAUGGUAUGUUGGCAUGCAUUCUUGUAUUAGGUAUUUUGCACAUUUUAGAAGAAAAUGUUUCAACCAGUUUGAGAUAAAAUGUUGUUCGAAUUCUCAUUUUAAUGGACACUGUCACAGAAUUCAACUCAAACUUAAAGCACAGCCUCUUUUUCUUUGCCAGAUGCAAGGAAUGGUAGUUAAUGGCCAUUGUAUGCAACUGCCAUCUGUAUUUAAACUGUUUGUGUAGAGAUUCUGAUUGCUUCGUGAAGCCUGGCAUCCACAGGAAGGUCAGGAGAGGGAGUUGUCUCUCACCAAGAAAGUUAGUGCAUGUCUGCCAUUUUCCUAAGGAGGAGUUAGCAAGGAAACUGGUCAACCCAAACUUUGGAUAGGUUAAGUCACAGCUAACUCCAGUUUGCCUGAAUUAAAUGACAGUUGUGCAAAGGACGAGAAAAAAUAUGGCUGAUCAAAUAUUUAUUAAAUCAAAUGUUGUUUUUUCCAUUUCCAUUGCUUAUGACGUUCAUUAAUGACAAGAUGCCUUUCAUUGUUAACACAUAUUGUGUACGACCAACACUGACUCAGCCAUGGACUGGUUUAACAUUGUAUAAAUGAAGAGGUCAGUGUCUACGCUGGAGUUAUCAGAAGACAGACAAAAAUGACCCAGGCUUGUAGUACAGUUGAAGCAUGAGUAGGAAUGUGAAGCUAGACUUUUUUGUAAACAUCAAUAUUGAAUGUUGAGGUUACACAAUAUUUUAAUGUGUGAUUGCUUAUUUUUAAAUUGCCACAGAUUUCCAGAUGUAUGUAGACAUUGUUUGGUAUUUUUUACAUUUGGAAUCAAUAUGUUGGUAUAUGAGUCUUUCCCACACAUUUAGCUGGGCCUCUCCAGACUUUUCAUAAUUUUAAUUUUAACCUUUUGUUUGUUUUCUGUUUCAUGUAGUUAAGUUAUAAUGAAGCUUUUGACUAUUUGAUUCAGGUAUGCCAGUUUAGGCUUCAAAUAAAAUGUCAGACUCAAAGGUUUCAGGUUUCAGAAUUCCUAAGAACAGCAAUGUAGAACAA